AUGAUGGUUCGCUUGCAAUUAAAACGAAGAUUAAAAUAUAAAGCAAUAUGGGAAGAACAAUUAAUAAAUCCACAUGUAAAAGAUGCGUUAUUAAUUUUAAAACAGUUGCAUCCUGGAUAUAAUAAUAUACAGAUUAAUGAAAUUGAUGAAAGUUAUCUUACUUCUGAUAAAGAUAACAAUGUUGAAAAUAAUACUAAUUCACUGAUUGAAACAAUGAGUGUUGAUACAUUUGAAAAAGAAAAUUCAAUUGAAGAAAUAGCAAUAUCUAAUGAAAAUCAUUUAAAAUCAUUAGCAUUAGGUGAUAUUGGUAAUAAUAAUAGUGACGAAGAAAUUGCUUGGUCAAGUGCCCGUACUAGAAUUGGAAGAUGGAACCCAAAUACCUCAAUCUUUUGCGAUUGCGCGCUAUGUAGCACAUGA